AUGUCCGAGGAAUCAGCACGGACACCUACGUCGAACACUUCGGCGAAGAAUAGGUUGCUUAAUUCCAGUGUUGGCUCAGAAGACGAGAAAGUGGCACUGUCUGCCUUAAAUAAUGCUAAGGUUAAUUCUUACAGUCACAAGCCGAAUAUAGUGCCUCCAUAUGUAUUAGAUGCUUUAAGUCAAGCUCACUAUAAAGAUCAGCUUAAUAAUACUAAUGUUAAUGCUAAUUCGACAGACAGUACAGCUACAAUAAGAGCUGCGCACUCAAAAGUAAAUGAUGAAGAUCAGUUUUAUAGUUUUGCUAAUGAUCCUUUCGUUAAGUCUAUGAAUAAUAAUUGGCACAACUUUUUGCAUUCUGUCCAACAGCCUAUCACAUAUCCUAAAGACGUUAUAAAUUUUGAUGAAAAAUUCACAUCAACAUGGAAAUUAAACGAUUCAUGGGGAGGAGACGAUAGAUUAAAGAUGGCUCUUUUAGGAUCUGCCUCAAGCGAUGAAGACACUCUAGUGAAAGACGACAGAAGUGGAUUUUUUUCGAAGCUCUUAUAUCAUCGAUCAAAAGAGAAUAGUAAGGAUUCUGAUUCUCCGAAGGUCAGAUCGAAGGCAGGAUACUGGAUGUCCGAUGAGAAAAGAGCAGACAUUUUACCAACUUUGAAAAGACUCUUUGUACAGAACCCUUUAGUCCCUUUGUUUUUAAGAAUCCUCAUAGCAAUAUUUUCAUUGUGUGCAUUGGCAUUGGCUUGUACCAUAUUUGUGAAUUCACAACGUCGACAUGGAGAUACGAAACUAGAGCAACAAGCGAGCACAAUUAUGGCUAUAGUGGUGCAAUGUAUCGCGAUUGUUUACGUUGUCUAUAUUGCAUACGACGAGUAUCAUGGGAAGCCCCUUGGUCUAAGAGAUCCUCUGGGAAAAAUGAAGCUACUUAUGUUGGAUCUUUUGUUCAUCAUCUUCUCGUCAGCAAACUUAUCACUUGCAUUCAACACCCUUUUUGAUCGAGAAUGGGUUUGUGAAGUUUUUGACGAUCAAAACAUAUAUGUCAAGGGAAUAUUUACUCUGACAGUGUCUUCAAUCUGUCGUCGUCAAAGAGCUUUAGCAUCCUUUUUAUUCUUGGUCUUGUGCUUGUGGGUUCUCACUUUUACUAUCAGUAUAAUAAGAGUAAUUGAGAGAGUCAACACAACGAAUCCUAAAAAUAUGUAG